GGUCCCUGCAGCGGAGGUGGGCGCGUCGCCGGCCCCUCCCGGUGCGGACUCGGGUUGCUCGCCGACGAGCGGCGGAACCACUGGUGUCGCCCCGGGAGACUCGUCCUGGUGGCGUGUAGUCAAAGGAUUGCUUGUAAGUCUGCUUCAGCAAACCUUUUGAUGCCUGACCUUCCGGUACGGAUUAUAGUCAAAAUUCCUCUUUAGAAAAUGGGUCCUACAAGACGCCUUGUUACCAUUAAAAGGAGCGGGGUCGACGGCCCCCACUUUCCACUGAGCCUUCAUACCUGCUUGUUUGGAAGGGGUAUCGAGUGUGACAUUCGUAUUCAGCUUCCCGUAGUGUCCAAACAACACUGCAAAAUUGAAAUCAAUGGACAGGAGGCAAUAUUGUUUAAUUUCAGUUCCACAAAUCCAACACAAGUAAAUGGAUCUACUUUUGAUAAACCUGUACAGCUAAAACAUGGAGAUGUGAUAACUGUUGUUGAUCGGUCUUUCAGGUAUGAAAAUGAAAGUCAUCAGAAUGGAAGCAAGUCACCUGAAUUUCCAGGACAAAGAUGGGAACAGGAGCCUUCGCGUCGGGUCUCAAGAUCUAGCUUCCCUUCCAACCUUGAUGGAAAAGUUCAAGAUUCCAGUGCCCGUUCAAAAUUCACGGAAGACGCUGCUUCCGGAAGGCCUGUGGUGCAUGGGAAGAAUGUCACAGGAGCUGGUAUUGUCUCAGGUGACUCAGAAGAUCCUGUUGCUGGGAAGACACCUAACAGCAUUCAUUCCUCAGAACGUCCUGGAGAUAACGGCAGAAAUGCAACAGCUCCCACUGCUGGGGAUUCUCAGGAAGGUUCCAGUGUAACAUUUGGGAUCAGUAAUGGAGAACUGAAGGCUUUUUCCUCUAGAAAGUGUCUUAAGGAGAGUGACCAAAAUGAGUCUCCCUUUAGGAAGCUUUAUGAGUCAAUGAAGGUGGAGUUAGAUGUGAAAUCAGGAAAAGUCAAUGUUCUUCAGAAUCGCAGAAAAUCAGGAUCACAGAGUCAUUGCACACCAGAAAAAGAAAGCACUGGUGGUUUACAGAGCGAGACUCUGGUCUCACUUAAAUCCAGACCCAAAUCGGGCCAAAGCCCCCAAAUUAAGGCAGACCCUGCUUCAGGAGAACAAGGAAGUAGCCAGACUGAGGGGAAGAGGAGUGAUGAGCCAUUUCAGACGCCCAAGGAGACCAGGAGCCCCAGCAGCCUCUGCACAGAGAUAGAGACGCUACAAACCAUGACCCCCGAACGAUAUUCACAACAAAGUCCCUCACGGAGUGGGCGGAGUGAAGACCUGAGUGUUGUCAAUGGUGGUGCAUCCCUGAACCUAGAUCAAAGUGAAGGCUCCAGGGCAGAUAUUAAAACGUUUCCUCCUAGGAAGUUCUUACCUAGUAUUCAAACGCCCGUUAAAGUUGAGAGUUUUGGAAAUACACCAGAAAAACUUUGCCCCAGAAAGAGGAAGAGGAAUCCUACAAAUGUUGACGAUCUGACAACAGAAACAGAGAUCCUGCAUCAGACAAUUUCAGCUCCAUUGGUCCCUCAAGCUGAAAGGAAGAUUCAAAGCGAUUUUCUCAACAAGCCUGAGAAGCUGGGCAUGGCAGCUGAUCCGGUGUGCACUGGGUUACCCGGUCUUAGCUCGGCUGAUGGCAGCAGCUUCGGUGAUUCCACGAAUAAGAUGGACGAGGUGUCCCUGAAGAGGAGGCGGGUCUCCUUUGGUGGUCGCCUGAGACCUGAAUUAUUCGAUGAAAACUUACCUCCCAACACACCUCUCAAAAGAGGAGAGACACCAAAGCAAAGACGGUCUCUGGUCACCCACACGCCAACCGUCCUGAAGAAAAUCAUCAAGGAGCAGCCUCAGCCAUCAGGGGAAGAAGAUUCUCCAGAAGCCUGUCUGGAGGUGACUGUGCAGGAUGCGUUUGUGAGGCCUCCAGCUCCUAAUGCUGCUGCCGCUUCUCCAGAUGCGCCCGACCGCUGCCGUAGCUUAUCCAAGCCGUCUUCCAUCUCCAGCGACAGCAAAUCUCCACAUCAGACAGAUAUUCCCAAGAGAGGACGGAGAAAAAGUAGCCACCUGCCCUCCAAGAGAUCUUCCGUGGAUCGAAGCCAGCAUGGCAUCUUACAGAUGAUUUAUUCCAAGAGAAGGAGUGGCGCUUCUGAGGCCAAUUUAGUUGUGGCAAAAUCGUGGGCAGACGUGGUAAAACUUGGUACCAAGCAGACCCAGACCAAAGCUGUUAAACGUGGACCUCCAAGACCCCUGAGCAAAAGGCAAAGAAGAACCAAUAAUACUCCGAAGAAGCUGACUGGCAUCGUUCACAAUCAGUUUAGCACAGGCCACGCAAACUCUCCCUGUACCAUAAUAAUAGGGAAAGCUCACAUCGAGAAAGUGAACGGGCCAGCUCGGCCCUACAGGAUGCUGAACAACUUCGUGGUCAACAAACCAAUGGACUUUAGUGAAGAUCUUUCAGGGCUGCCUGAAAUGUUCAGGACUCCAGUGAAAGAGAAACCACAAAGGAUGAGCCUGUGUCCCUCCACUUUUUCAAAUUCAGAGGGUUUGCUUGGAGAAGAGCUUCCAGUACCUCAUUCAGGAGGAAAACCUCUGCUGUGUGCUUCAGAAAAUUCUGGACAGAAUGUGUCCCCUGGGACUCAAGAUGCACCAAAAGAGCUGUCUGAUCAAAGUUCUGCAAGCCCUGCCUUAAGACGCCAGAGUAUGAAAAUUAAAAUAAAUGAAAGUAUUACGAAAACUCCCAGGAACGUGUAUAAAACAGCAGGUGCUGAGAUGGAAACUCCAGUGUCUGAGGCAAUGACACCAAAGACAACAUCAAGUGCAAAGAAGUUGAGAAGGUCCAUGGAGCUCAGAAGCUCACAGGCACCAGGUGUAGAGUGUAAAAACGAAGGCCCAAAACCUGACGCUCUUGAGAACGUCUUGGGAAGAUGUCUGAGGAAAGCACCACAGCCAGAGCAGAAGCUGGAGGGAGACGCGAAGGAGAGUGAAGCGCAGACAGAGCACAUGGGGUCAAAAGGGAAUUCCAAACACACGAUAGCCGUGAGGGGACCAAGGAGAGCCUCAGAGCUGAGGUGUGAGCUAGCAGCAGACCUGACCGCCCUCGAGAGCUUGCAGGAGACACAGCCUGAGGAAGACCAGCUGGACAUCCCAAGUCUCCUGCAGACCCCAGCUCAUGCCAAGGAAGCAGUGGAUUCAGAGAACAAAGCCACAAAAAUGCUCUGUAAAUCUCCCAGAUCAGGAACAGUCGGCACGCCCACCAGGACAAACACACAGCUCAAGACACCUUCCUGGAAAGCGGAUGUAGAAGAUGCCUCAGCCCUCGGAAAACUCACACAGACACCCGGGAAAACUAUGCCCGUGCACAGAGAACCAGGUGAUGAUAAAAGCAUCAAAUUGUUUCAGGAAACUCCAAAGCAGAAACUGGACCCUGCGGAAAAUGUAGCUGGAAGUAAGAGGCGGCCAAGGACACCCAAGAAAAAGGCCCCACCCCUGGAAGACCUGGCUGGCUUCAAAGAGCUCUUCCAAACCCCACAUCAUGCCAAAGAACCCAUGAUUGAUGACAAAACCCCCAAAAUGCUCUGCCAAUCUCCACAACUAGAACCAGUCAACACACCAAGUAGAAAGGGACGUCUCAAGACACCUUCCCAGAAAGUGGAUGUACAGGGAGAUGUCUCAGCUCUCAGGAAGCCUCAACAAACACCAGGGGAAACCACACACUCACACAGAGAACCAGAGGGUGCUGACAGAGGCAUUGCAGUGUCUCGGGAAGCUCCAGAAGAAAAGCUGGACCCUGCAGAAAAUGUAACUGGAAGCAAGAGGUGGCCAAAAACACCCAAGGAAAAGGCCCCACCCCUGGAAGACCUGGUUGGCUUCAAAGAGCUCUUCCAAACACCAAAUCACACAGUGGAACCAAUGAGUGCUGACAAAAUCUUCAAAAUGCUCUGCCAGUCUCCACAACUAGAACCAAUCAACACACCCAGUAGAAAGGGACAUCUCAAGACACCUUCCCAGACAGUGGCUGUGCAGGAAGAUGUCUCAGCUCUCAGGAAGCCCACACGCUCACACAGAGGACCAGAGGGUGGUGACAGAGGCAUUGCAGUGUCUCGGGAAGCUCCAGGAGAAAAACUGGACCCUGUAAAAAAUGUAACUGGAAGCAAGAGGCGGCCAAGGACACCCAAGGGAAAGGCCCCACCCCUGGAAGACCUGGCUGGCUUCAAAGAGCUCUUCCAAACCCCACAUCAAGCCAAGGAACCAAUGACUGAGGAUAGAACCCCCCAAAUGCUCUGCCAAUCUCCACCACCAGAACCAGUUGUUACAUCAACCAGCAUGACCAGACGUCUCAAGACACCUUCCCAGAAAGUGGCUGUGCAGGAAGACCUCUCAGCACUCAGGAAGUCCACACACUCACACAGAGAACCAGACGGUGGUGACAGAGGCAUUGUGGUGUCUCAGGAAGCUCCAGGAGAAAAACUCGACCCUGUAAAAAAUGUAACUGGAAGCAAGAGGCUGCCAAGGACACCCAAGGAAAAGGCCCCACCCCUGGAAGACCUGGCUGGCCUCAAAGAGCUCUUCCAAACCCCACAUCAAGCCAAGGAACCAACGACUGAGGACAGAACCCCCAAAAUGCUCUGCCGAUCUCCACCACCAGAACCAGUUGUUACAUCAACCAGCAUGACCAGACGUCUCAAGACACCUUCCCAGAAAGUGGCUGUGCAGGAAGACCUCUCAGCACUCAGGAAGUCCACACACUCACACAGAGAACCAGACGGUGGUGACAGAGGCAUUGCAGUGUCUCAGGAAGCUCCAGAAGAAAAGCUGGACCCUGCAGAAAAUGUAACUGGAAGCAAGAGGAGGCCAAGGACACCCAAGGAAAAGGCCCCACCCCUGGAAGACCUGGCUGGCUUCAAAGAGCUCUUCCAAACCCCAGAUCAUGCAGAGGAACAAAUGACUAAUGAGAAAACCACCACAAUACCCUAUAAAUCUCCAGCAGUAGAACCAGUCACCAGGCGAACAGGUAGAAAGAGACAGUUCAAGUCACCACCAGGGAAAGUGGAUGCAGAAGAGCCCUCAGCGCCCAGGAAGCCCACACAGACACCAGGGGAUACGCAGAGAGAGCCUGCAUGUGAUGAAAAAGACAGCAAAGCGAUUAAGGAAAAUUCAAGGCAGAAAUUGGUCCUGGCAGAAAAUGUAAUUGGCAUCAAGAGUCGGCUAAGAACAUUGAAGGAAAAGGCUCAACCUGUGGAAGACUCGUGCAGUUUCAACGAGCCCUUCCAUAAACCAGGUCAGGCCAAAGAACCGGUGAGCGAUGGUAAAAUCGCUCCAGCGCCCUGCCAAUCUCCACCAGCCGGACCAGUCACCAGGCCAGCAAGUAGAAGGAGGCGAGUCAAGUCACCGCCAGAGAAAGUGGGUGUAGAAGAGCCCUCAGCUCCCAAGAAGCCCACACAGACGCCAGGGGAUACGCAGAGAGAGCCUGUAUGUGAUGAAAAAGACAGCAAAGUGAUUAAGGAAACUUCAAGGCAGAGACUCAACCCUGCAGAAAAUGUAAUUGGCAUCAAGAGUCGGCUAAGAACAUUUAAGGAAAAGACCCAACCCGUGGAAGACUCAUGCAGUUCCAAAGAGCUCUUCCAAAAGCCAGGUCAGGCCAAAGAACCGGUGAGUGAUGUUAAAAUCACUGCAGUGCCCUGCCAAUCUCCACCAGCCGGACCAGUCACCAGGCCAGCAAGUAGAAGGAGGCGGCUCAAGUCACCACUGGGAAAAGUAGACCUAGAAGAGCUCUCAGUACUCAGAGAGCCCAUCCAAACAGCAGGGGGAACCAUGCACAGAGAACCAGCAGGUGGUGAGAACAAUAUCAAAGUGUUUAAGGAAACUUCAAGGCAGAACCUGGACUCAGCAGAAAAUGUAAUUUGUGUCAAGAGUCGGCGAAGAACAUUUAAGGAAAAAUCCCAACCCCUGGAAGAUCCGGCCAGUUUCAAAGAGCUCUUCCAAAAGCCAGGUCAGGCCAGUGAACUGGGAAACGAUGCUUCUGGAGUUAAGAGAGCCCCAAAGCAAACAGCAGACAGAAGAAGACCUGUAGAAAUAUCCCGAAGAGUCCUCAGGGCCCCUAAAGUAAGGUUCAUGGGAGACCUUGUGGGCAGCAGAGACCCUGUAAAAUCACCAGGUGAAAGCUGCAUCUCCCCGUCCCCCAAGAGGAAACUGGGAGAAGAUGCAAGGGUUGUGGGCAGGAAGAGGCUAUGCCCCACGAUGGCUGCACAGGACCCUGAGGAAGAGAAGCCCCUCCAGAAGAAGCAGAGGACAGCCCCCAGGGAGAGACGGGAGCCCCCCAAACCCUCGGGAGUGAAGAAGAGAAGUCUGAGGAUUUUGGCACAAAGGACUAAACCUGUGGGAAACCUGCCCAACAAUGACAUGAAAACUAAACCUACGGAUCCACAAGGAGAAGACGCGCACGCUCCAAAUAAGGGAAUGUCCCUGCGUACCAGGCGCCCCACUAAAACGAAUAUAGAGGAGCAAAGACCUGGGUCUCUUAUAUCAGCAGGAAAGAUGAAAAUAAAGAGAAGUGAAAAGAAGUCCACGGAGACCUCCCAAGAGAUGAAGCUACAAAGCCCAGAAGAUGCAGCCGAGAAUCCUACCUCUGGGGGCAAAGUUCAAGACAGAAGGAGGCCCUUGAGAUCUGGGAAGCAGAAUCAGAAGCCUUUGCCUGAUGCAACAGAGGAGACAGCAAGGCAGGAAAGAGUGGAAAUCCCCUUGAAGAAGCAGGAAGAGAAAGAAGCAACGGAAUAUUCAGACUUCAAGGGUUUGAGAUCCAGGAAGAUUUCUCUCCACCCUCGAGGAAACCCUUCGGAGAGUGAAUCCGAGCAGAGAGUAACCCGGGGUGCCAGGAGAUGUGCCAACAGCCUCCAAAAGGAAAAUGACAAUGUGGGUGUCAAGAAAAUAAGAACCAGAAGUCAUCGGGACAGUGAAGAUAAAUAGCCAAGAAGCUUAAAAGGGAAAAACAUGUAAUGAAUUUAGUUUAGCGAUAAGUUGUAGUACAAUAUUUGCCGUACAUUUUAUAAUGAAUUCUGUAAAUAAUGCUAUCUGGAGGGGAGGGCAGGUUUAAGGGAAGAAAGCUUGGAAUUUUCUGACUCUGAAUAGUUUAUUCAAAACCUCCAUGUGGAGGUUAUGAAGGAGACUGCUGGGUCUCCUAAACUGAAAAAAAUUUAAAGCUUGGGUGGGUGCGGGGCAGGGGCGGGGGAGGGUUUGCUAAGGUGUGGCCUUCAACUUGGCGAGAUGAAGCCCUGGAGUUUGUGACUUCCACGGUCAGCCCCCAUUGGCCGUGGGCUCAGGCACUUGCCAUGCUGUGUUGUAAAUGUUUCCGUUUCCGUGUGGGUCUGUGUCCUUCGUGUACAUACCUCCUCCAUCCAAAUGUGAACGGCGGGGCUUCUGUCCUGCACCCCCAACACCAGGCAGGCAUUCUGGAAAUAUGAAUGAGUGGGUAUAGGAAGAGAAAAAUGAAAGUUACAAGGUGUACCUUUACACUGGGGAGACCUCGGGUCCAGGCACUAGGGCUGUGGGUCAUCUGCACAGGACUGUCCUCUCCUUGGUGUCCUGACCUCUUAAGGGAAUAAAUGUGUGAUGUGGAGGACAGUUUGCGAUGCCAUUUUCAGGGUAACGAGACUUUGAGGAAUGACGGGUAGCUUGUCUUUUCCACGUUGAGCAUCUUUGUCUAAACUAGGACUGCUUUCAUCUGAGAAGUCAUCGCCCCACUCAAUCUUAGGGCCAUCGGCCAGGGUGCCCCUCAAUUCCAAACUGUAGCACCCCUCUGAGCUUUCAUGUCAUCUGCAUAUUCUGAGCUUUCUGCAAAUCUGCUCUCACCUGUUUUCUCUGACCACACCUGUUGGCCUGUCUUAGUCCCCAGCAGGUCACCUUGGACGGAGCAACACAAACCCGAACGUUUCCCCCAAGAGAGCGGCCAUUUGACAGCCACAGAGCAUGAGGCUCUUCCCCCACCAUUUCUGAGUCACUUAACAUGGGAGCCCAUGGCUCCUACAACUCGUUUCAAGCCUGGACUUCCGUCUUUCUUCAGUUUCAGAGCCUCCGUCACACUGCUGUUCUGCUUUGUCCUCCUGUCCCUUUGUGUUCCCCAAAUCAGAAACGAGCACACCCUCCCUCCAGUCACCUGUAUGGAGUCCUCCCCAUUCACCUACCUUGCCAGGUGGAGGUAAGGAUGGGAGAUAAGAAAAGGUCGCUGUCCCCUAGAGUGUGAACUGUAACACUGGUGCCCCUGCCUGUCUACUCUUGUAACCCCCGUGUCUGGCAUGGAGCCAGGCCCACAUAACAAUAAAUGUUUGCUGAAC